CAGUUGGUCAGUGGCUCGUGAGUGCAGUUCGGUCUGUUGUCCAGGCGGCUGCGCGUGCUGCUGUCCCGGCUGCAGUAUAUAAACGCGGUCAACGGUCAGAAAUUAAAACGGUCGUGCUGCUUAAAGCGUCAACCGUCUGUAAUUCAUUCCCCCAAACCUUUCUGCUCUCCUCUCCACCACCGGCAUCCGUGCCCCCUCACAAGCCGGGGGAGAGGGGGGGUCCAGCGCGGGGGCUACACAGCAUGGACCCCCAAAUGAAGGACCGAACCAGUCCGGCGACAGGGGGCUUCAGCGGGCGCCUGGCUUCCCUGGGAGCCGACGGAGGUGACUCGGAGUCCGGAGCCGGCUCGGAGGAAGCAGCCGUGGGCUGCUGCAGCGACACGUUCAGCAGUCUGCCCGACAUGGAGCAAGAGACUCUGGAGGAGAAAUUAAGAGGACUUGCGUUCAGAAAACAGACCUCGUAUCGGAAAGCAAUCUCCCGUUCAGGCCUCCAGCACCUCGGACCACCCCAGCCCUCCCUGCCCCCUGCAUCCAAUGGGCCCAACAAGGAGCUACGUACCGGCGUGGACUGGACGGAGAAUGCAGUGAAUGGGGAUCACCUGUGGAUGGAGACGAGUUGUUCAGGAGAGCUCUGUUAUCUCGGAGAAGACACCUGCCUACUAAAGACUGCAAAGUCUGCCCCCAGGAAGAAGUGUGCUGCCUGUAAGAUCGUUGUUCACUCUGGCUGCAUAGAGCAACUAGAAAAGAUUAACUUCCGAUGCAAGCCAACGUUCAGAGAGGGAGGAUCCCGGUGCCUCAGAGAUCAGAACAUACUGAGACAUCACUGGGUUCACAGGCGAAGACAGGAGGGGAAAUGUAGACAAUGUGGAAAGAGUUUUCAACAGAAGUUCUUCCACAGUAAAGAAAUCAUCGCCAUCAGUUGUUCCUGGUGUAAACAGGCUUUUCACAAUAAGGUGACGUGUUUCAUGCUACACCAGAUUGAGGAGCCGUGUUCACUGGGGGCCCAUGCUGGAGUCAUAGUGCCACCGUCCUGGAUCAUCAAAGUCAGGAAACCACAGAGCUCACUUAAGAACUCUGCCAGGAGAAAAAAGCGGACGUCUUUCAAACGAAGGACAAGCAAGAAGGGACUGGAUGAGUCUAAAUGGCGUCCGUUCAUGUUGAAGCCUCUCCCCUCACCUCUCAUGAAGCCCAUCUUGGUGUUUGUGAAUCCCAAGAGUGGGGGCAACCAGGGUGCCAAGGUGUUACAGAUGUUCAUGUGGAUCUUGAACCCUCGACAAGUCUUUGACCUGUCACAGGGUGGGCUGCGAGAGGCGUUGGAUUUGUAUCGGAAAGUGCCAAAUCUGAGGAUCCUUGCCUGCGGAGGGGACGGCACGGUGGGGUGGAUCCUGUCCACUCUAGAUGAGCUACAGAUGAACCCCCAGCCCCCGGUCGCUGUUCUUCCUCUGGGAACAGGAAAUGACCUCGCCAGGACGCUCAACUGGGGCGGGGGUUACACAGAUGAGCCAGUGUCCAAGGUUUUAUGUCACGUGGAGGACGGUUCGGUGGUGCAGCUGGACAGGUGGAACCUUCUAGUAGAGAAAAGUGCUGCGCAGCCAGAGGAGGGCACACAGAAGCUACCUCUGAAUGUGUUCAACAACUACUUCAGCCUGGGCUUCGACGCUCAUGUCACCCUGGAGUUCCACGAGUCCAGAGAGGCCAACCCAGAAAAGUUUAACAGUCGCUUCCGCAACAAGAUGUUCUAUGCAGGAGCUGCGUUCUCAGAUUUCCUCCAGAGAAGCUCCAGGGAUUUGUCCAAGCACGUCAGAGUGGUGUGUGACGGUACCGAUCUAACUCCUAAGAUUCAGGAGCUGAAAUUCCAGUGCAUUGUGUUUCUCAACAUUCCCAGGUACUGUGCUGGCACCAUGCCAUGGGGAAACACGGGCGACCACCGGGACUUUGAGCCGCAGCGCCAUGAUGACGGCUGCAUCGAGGUUAUUGGCUUCACCAUGGCCUCGUUGGCGGCGUUACAGGUCGGUGGUCAUGGAGAGAGAUUGCACCAGUGCAGGGAAGUCAUCCUAACUACCUUCAAGACCGUACCUGUUCAGGUGGACGGUGAGCCGUGUCGUCUGGCUCCCUCCACUCUCCGCAUCUCCCUCCGAAAUCAGGCCAACAUGGUCCAGAAGAGCAAGAGACGCACCUCUGUACCCCUGCUCAACGAUAUUCAGAAGGUGUGUGCAGCUGAUCUGCGCCGCCUCUCUGCUCCCCCAGACUCCUUCUCUGUUCCUCACUCAGUACCUGAUCGCCUGCGUCUUCGAGUGAAUCGGAUCAGCCUCCAGGAGUACGACCGACUGCAGUACGACAAAGAGCGACUGCGAGACAUCUCCAUCCCAGUAGGCAUUGUGGUGGUGAGGGGGGACUGUGACCUGGAGACAUGCAGACUCUAUAUUGACAGAUUGCAAGAGGACUUACACCAGGCGCCAUCUACUGGCCACAGAGUGCACUAUCAGGAUGAGUGCCGAGGCAUCCCCAGGACCAGUUCAAACAGUAGACUCUCUGCCAACUGGAGCUUCUUGGAUUCCACAUCAGCUGACCGCUUCUAUCGCAUUGACAAGGCUCAGGAGCACCUCCACUUUGUGACAGAAAUCUGCCAGGACGAGGUGUUUAUCCUGGACCACGAGGGACCAGUGGUGAGCCAGGGAACGUCCACGGGGAUGCCUGAUCUGGUAGUGGAGCCUACUGCAGGGUCUCCCUUGACAGCUGACGAACAAGCACUGAUGACGGCUGCCAGUAAAGGGGAUAUUUCCAUGCUGUCGGAGUGUGUGCGUCGAGGCGUGAGCUUGCUGGUUAGAGACUCUGGAGGCUGUUCUGCGUUACAUGUAGCUGCCCAGAACGGACACACGGACGUGGUCAGCUACAUACUGCAGCAGGGCUCUAAAGUGCUGCUGGAUUUGACAGACAGAGAGAAAGGGGACACUGCAUUGCACAAAGCAGCCUCUGAGAAGCAGCAUGCCGUGUGUCGAUUGCUGGUGGAGGCCGGAGCGUCGCUCGAGAAGACCAACUUCCAGGGGAAGACAGCAGCGGACCAAGCGCAGGGAGACUCUGAGCUCGCCACCUACCUGAGCACCCAACAACACACAUCUGCUGCCCCCCGCGAAGACUUGGAGACGGCUGUCUGAGGCGCACAUACACUCAUACACACUCACUCGGUGUCUCUGGACUCUGCACACACUCGUAGUGGAGACGAAGCUGGGAGAGAAAAGUGUAACAAAAACAAAGUCUGGUCAGAGUCAGUGUCUCACCUCACAUCAGAGGAGAGAACGGCUUCAGCUCACAGCAGCACUGCAGUGGAGAUUUUAAUGGUCAACUAUUUAUUUGUAUUUAUUUAUUCAUAUUCUAUUUAUUGGUUGAGUGUAGAGAUUGAUUGUAUGACUAAUGGCGGCUCAGGAUGCAACUGCACUUUGAGCAGCCGUCUCGGGUCGUGACUUCACUUGUGGUUUAGGGGAGCCGAACUCAUGAAAGCUGUUUAUUUUAGUCACAAUUCCUACUUUAAGUAUCAGUUUAUUCGUGCAAUCAUUGAAAAACUGUUAUUUCUGUUGAAAAUAACCAAAAUUACAUUUUUAUUUCAGAACUGAUAGAAAUACUAAAAGCUUUUAUGUUUACCCAUAAAACCUGUGUGCCAAAGACAUUGCUCUGAUGUAGUGUCAAAUCUAAACCCCAAUUUCAGUAUUUUCCCUUGCAUCUAUCGCAGUGGUUUGUUUUUACAUUCUCCAAAACAGAUUGCUUUAAUACCAAAUGAUUCAUUCAGCAUCCCCAUUACAGGUUUGAUAAUAUUACAAAUUUCAACUGUCUCAAGUCGUAAAACUUUAGUUUAGAGUUCCUUUUCAAACUACAGCUACAAACUAACAUGUGCACAUCAAAAUUAAUAUUUAUUCGUUUUAAGGUGUCACAAGCCACAAAAAAAAGGUUGGGAACCUCUGCUUUAAUCCACAGUGUUGGAGCCAUUUGUCCUUAACCUAAAUCAUAAAACAUCUGACAGCAUUUGGUUUCCAGACCUGACAACUCUUGGUGCAAAAUAUGGUUUUAAAAAAAUCUGGGCUGGACUUUUAAAGUGGUCAAAAGAAUCUUAAAUUGAAUUCAAAAACAAAUGGCGAGCUAAUGUAUUAGAGAUACUGCUCAAUUAGGUUUCAUUAAAUAACUAGAUUUAUGGCUCUGUGUGGUCAUUUUUAAGUUCUAAACUUUUUUAUUAGUAUCCUGUUUUUACUCAUUCCACCACAUGUUGGACUUGUUGGUCCCCAGUGGAGUUUGACUGGUUCGAUUGUUGAAGCCUGACAGCUGACGGAUGUGCUGAUUAUCUUUUUCUUAAAAAUUUAUUCAUAGAUUUAGUUUUUUCUUGUCUAAAAGUCUCUGAAUAGGACUUGGGCUAAAACAUGUUAAGACACUGAGGAUAUCUUGAAUUCAGAGUGGAUUUUGAAAUUGGGAAAAUAUUAUACAUUUUAAAGCCAAUCGAUUAUUCUAAUUGGCAGAUAAAUCGAUAAUUAAAUUAAUCUGGUUGCAUCCCUUAUUCAAAGCAUCACAGGAGUAAAAGUCUGUUAACAACUUCUAUCACAAGAUUUAAUUAUUUUAAAUCAAUUAAAUUAAAAUGUCGCAUCCAAACAAAAUUUAAUCAUAUUAAUCAUAUUCAUCACUGACUGAAACAGAUCACAUUAUUUAGAAAGCACCGGCAUCGGCCCAGUAUCAAGGACAACCAACACAGUAUUUCAUCCAUAGGUCCUUGUGCAGGUGUGAUUAGAGAUUCAGCAAGUGCAGCCCGUUGAUUAUGGAUGACACACCGGUCUAUGUUUAAAAAAAGGCUUUUUAAGCAUAAUCACUUACCUGUUAAUUUUCUAACGUCUGAUUUUCCAGCUGCCGUCAAACAAAGACAUAUUUAAACUUUUCACACUGGGAUAGUGUGUAUCUGGUACUCCUGACCCAACAAGGCUUUUCACAUGCAGCUUGUGUGUGUGUGUGUGUGUGUGUGUGUGUGUGUGUGAGAUAACAUUCCCCAUAUCAUAUCAAAUUCUCUGUGCAGUAUGUACAUAACUACAGACUGUGUGUUGUGUUAUAAUAGUGUGUGUGUCUUUCAUGUGAGUCUUUUCAUGUGUAUCUCAAGUACACAUUCCCAAGUGUGUGUGUGUGUGUGUGUGCGUGUGUGUGUGUGUGUUGUUUGCAGCAUUUAUCCAAGCAGAAAAGAAAAAUCUGAGCCAUAUUCAAUGCAAUAUGAGUAGAUGACGUCUUUUUGCAUUUCUCUAUUAAUCGUUUACAUUACAUUAAUGUUUUAACGUAGUCGACCAUUUAGCACUGAGGAGUAUUGAAUGUGCAAUUUUACUUCAGUGCUGGUUGGGUUUAUGAUUGUCUUGUUAUGUUUUGUUGUUUUGUUUUGGGUUUUUUUCAUUUGUGUGCAUCCAUGUCAGUGGAUUGAACUUUCAAACAACCCUGUCAGGUCUCUUUUGAUAUAACCUGUUGUAUAAAAUUGAUAUAGAAAUUAAGAACUGCUUUACCCAAGAAUUUGUGGGGACACUGAAACAUUUAAAGACUCAGAUGUGGCCAUCAUAGAAGUCAUACUGCCGUCAUUUAUGUUAGUUGUAAAUCCCCUUUUCAGCUGCCACGAAGAUUCACAGACAUUUUAGUGGUUGUUUCUGUUCAUUUUCAUUUUGUUUCAGUGAUCUGACAGCCGGUGAACCAUCUCUGAAAAAAGAGAUGACACUCAGCAUCUCCAGUACAACAAAAGACAAAACAUUAAGAUUAAUCGUUAAGUUUUGUUUUGAAUGUGUCGCGUACAUGAGUUAUAUAUGUUUUUAGAUAUUUUCUCUGUAAUUAAAAGGGAAAACGUGUUAAAUUAAAAGCACAAGGCAUAUUAAAAAGAAGUUAACCAAAGCAACAAUACUGAUUCAGCAUGUUAUGUUACCGUCAAUGUUGCAAUGACCCAAUGGAUGACAAAACAAACAAAGAACAGGUCCUGCGACAGCCAAAGUUAACAGAUUCUUUUAAUUUUUGUGUCAGAGCAUUUGAUUUAUUGAUUGCUACCCCAGCUUUAAGAAAAUAUUUAUACUUUUAUAUAAUGAAAAGUCUAAUCUUGAAGGUAACUUUUCUAGUUUAACAAAAUAAAUUUAACUCAAGCUCCACUCUCUAGAUUUCUUUGUGGACUUGCAUGAUGUGGCUAAAAGCUCCAGGAGAUAUCUAGCAGGUAGACCUUAAAUAGAAACUGAAAGAAACUGUCACCUGUGGCUAUCAUAGUGUAAUAAACAGGCCAAACUACUUGCUUACCUGCACGUUCUCUGUUUUGUCAUCCAGUAUUUUGUCAUGGUUGGCUCCAUUUCAACAGUGACAGUAACAGAACAUGAUGAAUCAGUAUUGUUGCUUUUGUUACCUACUUUUUAAUAUGCUCCUGAUUUAGAAAGGCUGCUGCCCCAAACUAUGUUUUUGAGGUGUCCUAAUGUACAAAUUGAACACCCCCCCCCUCCCCCCUUUAAUUACAGGGAGAAUAUAUAAACAUAUUUAACUCACAUAUGCGACACAUUCAAAGCAAAACUUAACCAUCAGUCUUAAUGUUUUUGUCUUAAUGACAGCCAUUCAGAUCAAUCAAUUUUAAAUAGCAAUGGUAUAAAUUAAGAUAAAUGGCUUUGGGAUGAUAAAACUAUUUUAAGUGUUAAAUUCAGGGGUGUUGAUAUAUAAAGAGAAGAAGAGUGAUUUUAAAGGUGACCUAUUAAACUGCUUUUCCAGUCCUAUAUUUUAGUUCUGUGACUCCUGUAUGGCAACUUUGCAUGUUUCAAAGUUAAAAAAAAAAUGUUUUUCUUAUACUUAUUCUUCAUGUAGGCCUUCAUUUCAGCCUCUGUCUGAACAAGCUGUAGAUGCUCCUGUCUCUUUAAGGCCCCUCCUCUCAAAGCCCACUGCCUUCUGAUUGGCCAAGACCUGAAGGCAUGUUAGCAGGCUGUUGUCGUUGCUGGGCGGAACAGGCAGACUGAGCUAUUAGUGUGGGAGCACAUGACCAUAUAUGGAACAACAGCAGAGCCCUUGUUCAAAACAGAGCAGGGGAAAUCUGAGGUUUCUGAUUUCUUAUAAAUGCUUUGACCUCAUUUUUUUAAGCAUUGGCCAUGUUUAACAUGAACAUCCAACAUUAUAACAUUGUAGAAAAGUCAUAAAAUGUGGAAAAGCAUGAGGUCUCCUUUAACAAAAAUCUUUGCUUUUGUUUACAAAAUAUAUUUGAUGUUCCGCUGCAUGUCUGAGAACUUUAUCGACUAAAUCCACAUUUCAAGCCAAGUUCCUUUCUUUUCACAAAUGUUUAUUGGCAGGACUUCUACGAUGGCUACCACACGUCUACAUCCGACACUGAGACCUUCCUCUGAGUGUCUGGAGACUAUAAAAGAUUAAAUGUAUGUAAAGAAAAUCGUUAAAAUGAACGAUCUGUAAAUGGUGAAUACAUUUUCUAAGAAGUGGUAAUAAGCUAGGCCCGCUCUGAAUGACAUACACACGCGCUUCUUAUCACUCUUACAUUUGAGUAGAAACAUGACUUUGUAUUAAAUUGUGUCUCUCAUCGGUGUUGGUUAUGCAUGGCAUUUUCUUACCUCCUUUGGAUUAUUUUCUGGUAAUGGCAUAAAAAGAUGGCAUUAUUGUUGUUAAAACUAUUUAACUAUUAUAAUUUUAAAUUAUUUCUACCGGAGUUUCCUCUUAGGUUGGACAUGUGUUUGGUAUUUUUUUGUUUUUGUUUCGCCUUUGUAUUUCUUAUAUUUCUGCUGCUGCUGCUGCUGCUGCUGAUGAUGAUGAUGAUGAUGAUGGGAUUACUUGAAGUUUGAACUUUAUUAAUUUGUUAAAAGAAGAUGUGAUUCUGUAGUUUCGCUUCUGACUUUCUUUCUUGUUUGAAAGACUGUUUUGGUAAGUCCACCUUGGGCCGUCAUUAUAUAACAAACAUUUAUCUAAACCGGAAAUCAGCUGCCAUCAUGCAAAGUCACGCCAAACACGCCACAUAGCUUACAGUUACAAUGUUUUCUCUGCACACUUAUCCAAAUCACAAAUGCACUUCCGGCUCAUCCAAUCUGACGCAGGACUAUAAAACAUCUCAAAUGAAAUAGCUAUUAUAAGUAAAAGUAUUAUACAAUGAAAAUUUGAUCAAAAGGGCAUCAAUCCCAAGAAGAGGGAGUACAGAAACAAUAAAACAAAAAAUAUAUUGAGUAGGCCGAUAUAUCAAAAUUAUAUCCAAUGUAUCAACAAGACUAAGAGUUUGUUAAUUCAGUUAAGUACAGCUGAUUGACGAUGGCGCUAAAGGAAAAGUAUUGCACCAAAAAGAGGACGCUAAUGUGUAUACCAAAUUCCAUGGCAAGCCAUCAUUGUAGAGACUUUUCCAUCAAAACCACAAACUUCAGUCUCAUGGUGGCACUAGGGAAAUGUCAGGGGAUCUCUAAAGAUACAAGGAUUCAUCAUCUGGGGAUCUUAAAUGUUUACACAAACUCUCAUGAUAAUUCAUCCAAUAGUGGUUGAGAUAUUUCCGUCUGGAUCAAAGUGAUGAACUGAUAAACUGUCUUCCCUAAAGAUACGCUGCUGGUGCGGCUAAAAGAUACGGAGAUACACUGACAAGCAUGUUAUCACUGAGAUUAUGAAGAGAACUAACAUUUUGAAGUAUUUCCCAGUACAUUGUCUGUCUUACUUCCGCCAGAGCCUGUUUUAUUUAAACAGCUAUUCUUUUUAACAUUUUACCACAAGACGUUGGCACUGUAAUAUCAAUAUAUUAGACUCUUUGUUAAGUUAUUAAAAAAACACUUUCAUAGAAAUAAUAUGGUAAAAUGUGCAGUAGAGGUUGAUAUUAGGUUUGGAAAGAUGCCUGGAUCAUUUACAUCAGCACAGAUUACUUUUUCAAGUAUUUAAUAAUAUCUGACAAUUUAGUAAUCAGCCUGAUACACUUAUUUCCUGUAAAUCUUUAUCAGUCAUUAUUACAGGAUAUGUAAGGUAAUGUUAGUGUUUGUAAUCUUAUAAUCAAAAUGACUGCCGUUUCUAAGUAUUGCAACAAGCAGUGAUCCUGCGUGAUAACCAUAUUUUUUUAAGGUCACUUACUGUAUGAGUCACCACUGCCAGUAGAAAUCUCUCUCACAUCUUUCUCCUGCAUAACAUUUCAUUACUUGUUGGGAUAUCUCAGUCGUAAACUUCUUGUUCAACCUGAUCAGAAUAUGAGCAAGGAUGAGCUUGCAUUUAACGCCGUACAUGUUUUUCUGUCGUUAUAAGUUUCAUUAAAACUUACUGCUAAGUAUUCCGCCUCAAAAGGAUUUUGAACUGUGACCCACUUUACUGUGUAAUAAAAUAGCUUGACUGUAACAUGAGUCGCAAAGUCAAAUAAAAGCUCACUGAGUCA